AUGAAUUUCUUGUCUCUUUCUACUACCAACUCCCAAGUGGGGUUCCAGAUUCCAUCUUCUUCAAUGGAACAAACCAAUAAAAGUUUGAUCUUAGAGCCACUACAAACCAGGGGAACCAAAAAUGGGCACACUAAGCUUUGCUGUAGAGGCCAUUGGAGACCGGCAGAAGAUGCAAUGCUAAAAGAUCUUGUAGCUCGAUAUGGUCCUCAAAACUGGAACUUGAUAGCUGAAAAUCUUGAAGGGAGAUCAGGAAAAAGUUGUAGAUUAAGAUGGUUCAACCAGCUAAAUCCAAGGAUCAAUAGGAGGGCAUUCAGUGAAGAAGAAGAAGAGAGGCUUUUAGCUGCAAACAAAGUGUAUGGAAACAAAUGGGCAAUGAUUGCCAGACUGUUCCCUGGUAGAACUGAUAACGCAGUGAAGAACCAUUGGCAUGUGAUCAUGGCCAGGAAACAUAGAGAGCAAUCAAGCAUUUGUAGGAGGAGAAAGCCUUCUUCUUUAGCCAUCACUGCUCAGGCUGAUGACAGCACCGACCAAUCAACCAUUUCAUCAGCCUCUACUUGCACUGAUCUAGCACUCACCCCUUCUUCAUCAGCCAAAUUAACCCAUCAAUUCUUCACCACUUUUAGUCCAAUGGGUUCAUCAGGUGGAAAAGUGAAGGUGUGUUACCAACAAGGAGGAGCAAUGGGAGUAGGUAUGGGUGUGGACCAAUAUGCUAACUCAUCAGAUUCUAACUCAGAAGUUUCUGCAACUGAGUCAGUGGGCACAAAUAGGACCAACCAACCCAAAACUGCAAAUGGAGAUUUGAAGAUCAACAACAUAUCCUUCAUUGAUUUCCUUGGAGUAGGAGCUUCUUGAAAUAGCAACCAUGGAGUUCUGGUUUU